UUAUGGAUCACCCAUAUUACUUGCCCCGUGAAAUGCUUCUGUACAAAGAUGAAGAACAUAGUAGCCAGAAUGAGGAUAGACAAAGACCAUCCAGUGCAGAACAUGAGCUCAAAAGAAAUAAAACAGAGAAAUUCAAGCAGCAAACAAAAGGGGAUAAAUACUACGGAGAUUAUCAAAAACAAACUCAACAAGAUGAGAGAAGAAUGCAUCAGAACUGAAUGGAUCCAAGAGCCAAACAAAAUCACGAGCCUCCAACUUUUCGACAAAGCAGUCACCACAAUUUUGAGUGUAAUAGACAUGAGCUUGCAAAGCACCAAGGAAUUGAAGGAGAGAGAAGUUUCCAAUAUCAUAGGCUUCGAUUGGGAGAACCUGAUAGAGGGAAUGAAAAAGAUACUCAUUUUAAUAGGCCUCCAAUGACUCCUCAUUAUCCUCAUCCUCCUCCUUUUGAGUUAAAUAGAAGACAUAACGAAUUUAGAGAAGGUAGUUUCUUUGCUUAUGGCGCUGUUCCUUAUCAUGAAAUACAUGUAAUCCAUCAUGAAGUCUUUCCCAGAAAUAAAUCUCACGAUAGAUGAAUUCAACACCUAGAUUUCCAUAGACGAAAUGGGACAAUGUUUGACUCAGAUUUAAGAUUAGGUCCUCACCAUCCUAAAAGAGAUCAAAGGAGACACUUUGAAGAGAGAAGAGACUAUAAAGCAGACAUUAAAGACUUCUACAAAGAACGAUCCUAUAGAGACCAAAAUAGAGACCACUAUAAUCCCCAAAUUUCUAAAAAGCAGAAAGAAAGACAAGAAAAUAAAUUUACUCAUGAAGAUGAAGAAAAUGAAAACUUUCAUGAAAGACGAAGGCAGCAAAACCAGUACAGACAAGAAAAUUACGAAAGACAUAGAUACAACGAAGAAUCUAGAUAUCCCUGCCAAAAAUAUCAGGAAUGCUCAUAUGAAGAACCGAGAUAUGAAAGAGUGCCAGAUGAACAUCUGAGACGUGAGAAAAUUAGACAUGAACAUCUGAGAUAUGAUAAACAUAGAAAAGAAGACCUAAAAGGUUCUGACCACCAAGAGCAUCAAAUCAAAGAUCAUAGAUAUGAGGAACAUACAAAUGAUGAUCAGAUGAAUGGAGCCUUCAUACAUGAGCGAAAAAGGCAUGAAAGAGUCCGGAAAGAUAGCAGAGAACCGCAGUUGCAUUAUAAAGAGCAUGGGAAAGAUGUAAAUAGAGAUAAUAAGCAUAAAAAGUUAAACAGAAAGUAUUACUGCCCAUAUGAGUUGAAACGUAGAGGAGGGGGAGAAAUUCAUCAUAAACACAAUAAUAAAUAUGCGAAGAAGGCCACCAAUAAUAAGGAGCGCCUUGUAUAUAGUCGAUAUAAGGUUGAUGGAAGCAAUGAAAGAAUGGAGAAUACAAACAAUAGCCAGCACCAUGACCCACGCCAAAAGAAUUUAAGGGAUGAAAGAAGAAAAUAUUUCCAAUUUGAAGAAAGAAGAGAUUAUCAACAAGAUGAUGAUCGUGUAAGGCAUAGUAAAGGAAAUCUUAAUCUAAGGAUACAUGGAGAGAACAAAUGAAGAGUCUAAAAGAAAUAUUACAAGAGAUUUUCUAACUCAGUCGAAAAGUUGUUCGAAAAUAAGAGAGCAAGCAGAGAUAAAUUUUAGUAAAAUUUCCAUCA